AUGGAUUUUUCGAAAGAGAUCUUGUAUUUGCGACGAUUUACACAAUAUGGGCUCCUGUCUGGACCCAUCCUAUUUACUCAUUACUAUGUGAUAGGCAAUGGGCGUUUACCAAAAGUCGCUGCGGUCGGUAAACCAACCUAUUGGUUGCAUACCUGGAAUGAGUUCGACCGUCAAAGAUUCAUUCUUCGUGUCUCCGAAAUCUCCGAUAGCAUGCUUAUGCAUGCCUUGAUCCACAGCAAAGACAUUGCUGUGAUCGAGGCUAAAGGGUUGAGUCCACGCGCCUUCGCCCCAACUCAGCCCGCUAUCCUACACAAUGACCCUCUAAUAGGCCCCGACCUGCCGCAGCCGUGGGGUUCAAUCCCAUUGAUCGUGCAUUUAUCGUUGCACUUUGAUAUCGGCACAACUUACAGACAAAACAUUGAGGAAUCAAAAGACGAUAAAGCUAUCUUAGCAAGACAAACAGUCUCCAGCAGUUUACACAAUUUCUUAAGUGCCGCAUCAAGGGAGGUGAAGCAGCUGGAUAUUAGCUUCGAAACUGAUCGGGGAUUCGAAGAAGAAUACCCAGCUCACUUUGGUGUCACGCUGCCCAACAUCUUAUUUUGGAAGUUGGAGACUUUAACCCUGGCGGGUUUCGCAGAUUUAUCUGGCCAGUUUGCAUACUUUCUGCGUAAACACAAAGACACUAUUGUUAGCGUCACACUAGAAAAUAUCAACUUGGGACCGGGAUCCUUGAUUACACUAUUCCGAACUCUUAGGGAGCUCAAUCUGAGAAGUACAAACUUGCAUGGCAAGUUGGAGGGAAGCAAUCGUGAGGAAAUCAUAGAUUUCAGCGAAAAUCCGUGGCUGACUAAUAAAUUUGAAGAGGUCGUUGCGUGGGAGGCCUGGAAGUUUGAAGAGUGGUGUAAUUGCAUGAUAUCCAGGCUGUAA